UAUGCUGGUAUAAAUUUUUGUAUAUACAUUACAAAUUACCCGGUUGUAAGCCUUUUGUACGAAAUGAAAUACUAAUAGCCAGUGCAAAGAUGAGUGACAUAGAUGAGGUUUUUACCAAGCUGGGGUUCGGCAAGAUGCAGUUCAUAAUUUUGUUUUGCUGCUUUCUAAUGCAGAUUUGGAUGACCAAUGAGCAGCUGGGAUUUGGUGUGGUGAUAGCAGGGGCAAGUUGUGAAAUGGAUAUACACGACCGGCGGUUGGCCUGGUUAUUGGCUGCCAAUUUCUCGGCCCAGAUGAUAUCUUGUUUUAUAUGGGGCGAGCUGGCGGAUCUGUACGGCAGACGCAGGGUCAUCGGGUUUGCAUCAAUCGUUGCGAUUAUAUUUUCCCUGAUCUCGGCUCUCAUGCCGGAGUAUUGGAGCUUCAUGGCCGUGCGUACAGUUUGUGGCUUCUUUAUUGUGGCGUCUGUUGUCAGCCUAUCGACGUACUUGAGUGAAUUCACCAAGGUCUCCUUGCGACCCAGGGUGCUGACCAUCAUGGGCUAUUCCCUCGGAGUAAGCAUGAUCUACGUGCCGUCUCUGGGCGGUGCGCUGCUGUCGAUGCGAAUGGAGCCCAGUGGCUGGCGCAUCCUGCUGCUGUGCAACCAGCUGCCCGGAAUCAUCGGAACCACUCUUCUCAUAUUCCUGCCCGAGAGUCCCAAGUACUAUCUGUCGAUUGACGACCAGGAGAAGGCCAUGAAGGUCAUGGAAAGGGUCUGCCGAAUGAACAAGGGCAAGGAUGUUACACUGAAGAGUCUGGGCGUGGAGUCGCUCACCCAGGCGCGCCUGCGUCCACCAAACGAGGAGCGCGGUCAGUGUCACGAAACCAAAGUGCUUAUGGUAAAAUAUGGCAAGGUCAUUUGGUUUUUCUUCUUUAUAUUCUUUACCCUUACGGGCCUAGGUUUUGCUCUGCCCAUCUGGAUGACGCGAAUCCGGGUUCUUACGUCUACGUUUGGUGACAGGAAUACAAUAUGUGAACACAUGGAACACAUUAGUGCACAGCUGAGUGGCGAUAAAGACUGCCACCUGACCUAUGAGCAAAUGAAGGAUCCACUGAUACACGGAUGCGUUGUCCUCUGCCUCUUUAUUGCCACCAGUGUGUUCCUGAUUUGGCUGAGUCGUCGAGCGGUAAUUAUAGCCUUUGUUUGCGUUUCCAUUCUCGGAUGCGUAGCCCUUAACUUCAUGGAGCAUCCCGCCCUGAUACUGAUCAGUUUCUUCGCCAUAAUCGAUCCGCUCAUAUGCAGCGUCAGAUUGGCCGGUUCCUUGCUCAUUGAUUGUGUACCCACUCAUCUAAGGGGCAAGGCAUUUGCUCUUAUCACUAUGAUAGGUCGGUCCGGGGUUUUGAUAACCAGUGUGUAUGUUGGAUAUACCUUGUCGCACAGCUGCUACGUAACCUUCAAUACCUUUAUUGUAGUGCUCAUAGUCUGCGGCAUGCUUGUGUACUGGCUACCAACCCAUUUUAAACACUCAAGCUUUACAAAUUAGUAUAUUUGUAAAUAAAUUUAUAUGCGAGCAUAGUUUUUCAAAGCCCGAAUUCGUUCGUUUUGCUAUAUGCAUGGGAGUUCUUUCCUAUCGGUCCUGCCAAUCGGGCAAUCAAUCAUUCAAUCAAUUGCGCGCACAGCACGCAGUACAAAUUUGAUGGGGCCCCGGAAAAAGGAUUAUGGCGAAAGUUCAAAUAUUUUUGUACACCAGCCGAAAAUAAAAUAAACGUCAAAUAAACUUGGCGACAGCUGCGUUUAUACUAUGGUCUUGAGUGGAUUUUUCCCUGUUGGUGUGUGUUGGAGCCCAGCGGAUAUGAGUGUGUGCGUAAAAGGCAAAGCGGAAACGGAAGACGAGGCAAUCGCUAAGCGGCUUAAUAAUAACUGUCGAGCAAGAAAAUCGAAUCGAAUCGAAAAGGAAUCGAAAGGAAUGGAAAGGAAAAUGGGAAGCGAAAAGUAAGAAAACAUAUUGGCAAAGACGGGCAGCUUUUUGCUGAACUGGCACUACAAUGGGGACAUCUUGGCAGCAAGGAUCCCCAGCGAGAAUGGAGCCGUCAAUUUGGAAUACAUAUGUGAUAUAUAUAUAUAUAUAAAUGUGUGUGUGUAUAUAAAGGACUUUUCCCAGACAGCGAUGCUGCUUAUUUUCAUAUUUAACGGCUUGUUUGUGGCUCUGGGAAAUGCGAGUUUCGGCCAAGUUCUGUUGUCUGCGUUCUAUCGCUGUGAGUUUUCAUAUUUCGCAUUUGCCUUUGAAAAGUUAAUUUCAAGGCUCAGCUAUUUCGCUGGGGCGUUGAAGGGUUUAUGAGUGCGGCGAACUGUUGCGAAGCCAACAGGUAAUAAGGGGGUUUCCCGCUCCGAGCUUUGCAUUUUAAACACGAAUUUACUGCGAGUUACUCGCUUUUGUCCUGUGUCUUUUUCGCAACUUUUUUGUGUUUUUUGGGGGGCUGUGAAAAUAGCAUCAAUAAGCUUAAAUAAGCCACAGCCGCAGACGAGAAGUUUUCAUGUGACCCGCGUGUCCUCCAGUGGAUUAUCAAGCAGUACGUGAGCCUGGAUGAGUGUGUAAUGAGAUUUCGGCUUUUCACCGCUCGGAAAACAUGCAUGCGAGCACAUAGUAUAGUACGUAUGUAUGUAUGUAUAUAGUAGACGGAUACAACUAAGUAAUUGUGUGUGAAAGUGGGCGUUAAUUAGGUGGCUUGCAUGCAGCUAGCUGGAAUCGAGAACUCCAGGUUUACGGCGCUAAUUAAGGUUGAAAAGAGAAGAAACCAAAAUGCCAAACGCAACUCAAUCUCAA